GAUGAGACUGCAGUUGAACAACUGGUGGAGGAUUUCCGUGCCUCUGCCAUAUCAAGGAUGAAUGGCCCUUCCGCUUCGGAGGAACAUAUGGCUUGGAGUCGACGUGAUAGGGAGAAACAGAGAGGUGCCGAUUAA